AUGGAUUCAUGGAAAGGGACUGCAGAGCAGGCCAACUUUGAGUCCCGCAGGGUUGCUUCCGGCAUUAGCCAAAAUUUGCUUGGGUAUCGACAGAGUGCGCAAGUGCCACGCUCCGCUGAUGGACGCAGUACGCCGCGGAAGCCUACGCCAUCCCCGUUGCAGGUCAGCGAGGCUGCCACUGCGGCGACUGUUGGCGAAACGCACAGCAACAUCAGGAGUCCCAAAUCGCCUACUGCAUUCCAAAGUAAUAGCCUUUCAGAAUCUUCUCCACGUUCGCCGCGACCCGAUCUAGCCGCGAACCUGGAACAGCCCAAGUCCCCCCCGGAGCGGCUGAACGAGCUUCUUGCUUCAGAAAAUGUCACUACAAAUGGGGAUACGAGUGGAAUCGAGAAUAGAGCUUCUAGAGCUACUAUAGCAGCACCUUCGAAGGCCCAAUCCUACAGCCAGCUGCGGAACGUCUCGUCCCCUUUCCCUCAACUAAGACCCUUGGGCAACUCCUCCCCGCCUUCCCCUCGAUCCACGGCAUCUCCGCCGCUAGGCGAAGCACUUGCUCCGCUAGAGGUUCGGCCAAUGCCACGCACAUCGUCCAUAGACUCCGCUAUCUCAAAGCACUCGCACAAAACCUCGUUGGAUACCUCUAGUGCAUCAGACAUCUCGGACCUCAUAGAAACGGCAGGCUCCCCAGAGGCAGUCAUUCAACAUCUGUUGAAGGAAAAACAGUCUUCCGCUGUACAAAACGCUCAAUUAUGGAAAAUCGUGGAUAAGCAGCGUUCAUUGGUGCUUGGGUUAAACCAAGAUCUCGAGAAAGCUCUCAGAGACAAGGAAAAAUAUCGAAAGGAGUUGAAAGGACAUUUGGAUAAGGUUCCGCCGAUCCCAAGCAUGACGCAUAAAGCGCCAAUGCCACGGCCAAGAGAUGCCAGUCAUUCUCCAGCACCUAGCGAAGCCUCUGCUGAUCUACCAAUUCAGAGACAGAGCCUGGUGUAUGCUAUUCCCCGUGAUUCUGAAGGCGGCGAGUCGCCCACUGGCACAUUGAUAGAUGGCAAGGAUCAGAAUCAGGAUCGGGAUCAAAAUCAGAAACAAUCCUUGAGCUCUACGCCAGCAGUGUCGGAAGAAGCGGACGACUGGGUGAGGAGCAAACCGCGAGCAGGAGGCUCCAACCAUUCACACAAGGCCACAUCGAGCUCUGAUCUUGGCGUUCUCGGACCCGUCAAGGCUGCGCAUGUCGUGACUCCCGUACAGACAAACGAUCUGGAGCCAUCAGCUCAGAAGGAUACACCUAACAGUCCUACACCAAUCUCGCAAGCUGUAAGACCCGUUGUGUCACCAACAAAUAGCUUCACCGCGAAACGUUCCCAGCCUUUCUUUGCCAAAGCUUUCAAUGGUCCAACAUUAGCGUUAAUCGAAUCAACACCUCCGGGAAAUGACAUUGAAAGGACGACACCGCCUCGCAAACCUCCUCCUGCGCCUCUACAUCUGGGCCAGCCGAAGCCUGAUGAGCCAGCCCAGCACCAUUUUCGAUCCGACGAUCAUUCUGGCUCUGACUACGAUGAAAAUAUGGAAGUGGACGAAUUGCCUGCUUUAGAUAGGGGCAGGAAGAAAACACGAGAGGCCGAUGACAAGGAACGAGAGGCUGCUAUGCUUAAGGAAAAGCAAGAUCGAAGUCGUUCGAAGAAGGAGAAAGGGUCGAAGCCCCCAGCGGAUGUGGCUAAGCCAGUGGCCAGGGAAAACGUGAAUACUGCGCAGCGUCAUGGGACUCCCAUUCCCGCGUCCAUCAAAACCAUUUCACGAGAGCCUACCGCAACUGGUACAACUGAGUAUUUGUCGCCGCCAGCCUCGCUAGCGGGUGUACUCAGUCCCUCUGGUGGCCUGAAAGGGACGAUCACCACGGAGAGGCUUAUGACCUUGAAGCCUAUGAGCCCCGGCCUUCCCUUAAGCCCACGCCCAAACCAUCGCCCAAUGAAUCCUCCAACCCCAAGAAUGCCCCGUGAUGUUGUAGGGACAUCCUUGGGGUCUCCUCCAAUGUCUCCUAGAAACGCUUUCUCCGGCCUCCCUCUUUCGCCGAGGGUCUCAAGGCAGCCUAUUCCUCUUCCUCCCAAUACGUCGAUGUCCCUAGCUUCGCCAAAGCCGGCAAACUUCGAGUCUCGCAAUGAUUCCAACGGACCGACCCGGGUACCCUCUAGUCCUGUGAAGAACUCUUUGAGUUGUCUGCAAACCCACGUAGCGCCGGAGGCUGAAGAGGCCUCAAAGCACAGGGGUAUCUUUAAAGGCUUCAUGUCUGAUGCAUACCCCGAGCUUUUGAUCCCACCUAAUGCUCUCCCUUCUAUUAUCGUGAAGGUGGUCUCUUCGCGCCUGAAGCCUUCACGCCACAGCCUAGUGCUGAAGGGAACUGACGAGGAACCAGUGUUCACGCUAGGAAUAUCGGCUCGGUCUGAUUGCCAGGAAUUAUGGCAGGUCGAGAGACCCAUACAGUCGCUUCUACAGCUAGACCAACAGCUCCGCCAAUCUACGACCUUCAAUGCCAAGCUCCCAGACCGGUCGUUGUUCACUGGUCAUGCUCCCGCAAAGAUUGAUGGACGAAGAGUGGCCUUAGAACAGUACUUCGAGAACAUUUUAGAUACGCAAAUGGACGAGAAAGCAGCGCUCGCUUUGUGCUAUUACUUAUCCACCCAGGCCGCGGAGCCAACCUUCGGGGAAGCUAACAGUUUCGCCUCCGCCCCCCACCCUGGAUCACCUGUUACGCAAGGUAUUGAGGGAAGACUUCUCAAAGAGGGCUAUUUGACUAAGAAAGGUAAAAAUUUUGGCGGCUGGAAGGCGAGAUUCUUCGUUCUCGAAGAGCCCGUCUUGCGUUACUACGAAACUCCUGGUGGAUCUGUAUUGGGAACAAUCAAGCUUCAAAGUGCUCAUAUCGGCAAACAAUCUCCUAGUAAACCGUCUUACUCACCUUCGCGAGGGCCCGAUGACAACGAUGGUCACUACAGACACGCUUUUCUCAUCCGUGAACCGAAACGCAAGGAUAAAGAUAGUUUUAUGGACCAUGUCCUCUGCGCCGAGAGCGAUGCUGAGCGAGACUCUUGGGUGGCAGCCCUGUUGCACUAUGUGGAUGGUCCGGAAAUGGAUGGGAAAUCGAGGCCUCCACUAUUCAACAGCGACUCGGGAUCCAGCAGGGUCGUGGUUCCUUCGAAAAAGAGCUCGCUCAAGACCGAUGUGAUCAGUUCAGACAGCCCAAACUCCGAAAAGUUCGACAGUCUCCAGGCUGUCCCUUACGAGGACACUAAGCCAGCUCAAGCCCCUCAUGUGCUGAUCACCCCUGAUCCUCUGGCAACAGAGUCACCCUCACCGACAACAUCUAGUUCACAGCCUUCUGUCAAAACACACACAUCGCAGUCCAAAGCUAUUUCGGCGCCUUCGAAUGGUGCCAAGAUCAACGAUGUGGGAGCUUGGGGUAACAAGCCGAUGGCAGUCCCUGUGGGAACUCAAAGGGAACACAAGAAACGAAGCAUUUGGGGUUUCCGCGACAAGAAUGGCCCAGAUCUUGGGCUCAACCACCCAAACGACUCGAACCUCAGCUUAACACAACAGCAGUACCAGGAGCAAAUCACUAACGUGAAGGCAGCCUUUGGCGCACCUCUUGCUGACGCUGUCGAGUACUGUGGCCCGCGUGGUAUUGAUGUCUGCUUACCAGCUGUCGUCUAUCGUUGCCUCGAAUACUUAGAGAGUAAAGAUGCUCCGAGUGAAGAAGGCAUUUUCCGUAUGAGCGGGUCAAACGUUGUAAUCAAAGGUCUCAAAAAGCGUUUUAAUGCCGAAGGCGACUUUGAUUUCCUCGGUCCUGACGAGCCGUACUUUGACGUGCACGCCGUUGCUUCAUUGCUGAAGCUAUAUCUACGCGAGCUGCCGCAACCGGUCCUGACGCGCGAUUUGCAUCUCGAGUUUAUUGCUGUUCUGGACCUUACCGAGAAGCCAAAAAAGAUAGCUGCCUAUAAUGUCCUCGUCCACAGGCUUCCCAAACCUAAUUUUACGCUCCUCCGAGCUCUCUCGGCCUUCCUCAUCAACAUCAUCAACAAUUCGGAAAUCAAUAAGAUGACUAUGCGUAACGUCGGAAUCGUCUUCUCCCCCACUCUCAACAUACCAACUCCUGUGCUCUCCAUGUUCCUUACCGAAUUUGAUACUGUCUUUCGCGAGAAGAUCGAAGCUGCGAAUGUUCCGUCACUAGAGGUUACGACGAGUGAGCCUCUGACCCCAGAGGAUAUCCGAUCACCGAGGCGGCAGAUGUUUUCAGACAUACCUACUCCCUCUUAUACUCAAGAUACUUUCUCCGCAUCCAAUUCGCAGCUGUCACAUCCAUAUGAGCAAGCGCCCAACAGUCACACCAUGGACCCGGGUGACACAGGUUUCAUCCCUUUGCAGCCAGCUUACGAAAUAUCGACGUCUCAUGUCCAGCAGGGCUCGGUCACCGUACCGGGGCCCGAGUAUGCUGUGGCUCGGCCUCGAAAUCUGCCUGCAGGCGGUGCUGCGAAGGCGAGGAGAAGAGAGAGCUCGAUGCUGUUAAUGAGCCCAGGCCAGAGAAAGAGCUCCUUGCCCGUGAUGAGCGGUGAUAACGAGAUGCUACAUGAAGAAAACGCGUUUGACUGA